CAUAACGUGAAGCAGCCCACCGAGGCACCAAAAUCCCCAAACUUUUGCAAAGAUUUUAAACUUUUUGUGGAGUUGAAGCAGCUGGCGCUCAUCUUCUCCAGUUUACACUCUGUUUCAAGCAGAGGACGUUUUCCGCUAGUACGAACGUAUUCUUCAGUUGGGUCAAUGGGUCGAAGAUCUUUUCCUGAUUAUUCUCCAAAGAAACCUAACAUAAAGGACUCCGAAUUCGUCCACCGUUUCUCAACUGUCAUCAAGCAACGAUGCUAUGAGCCCUUUCGACGGAUUCUGAAGCCCUUCGAGUCCAAGUUCAGACCUGACCAUCUCAUUUGGGUUCUCAUGGAGAUUAAAAAUGAUUACUGCCUUGUCUUCAACUUAUUCGAAUGGUCAUGCAUUAGAAGGAACCUGUCGCUUGAGGCACGCUGCAUCUUUAUUCAAAUUGCUGCAGCCGCAAAAAACUUAAAGACGGCCCAUAUGCUUUUUAAUGAAUUCUGGUCAAUGCCCAGCAUUCGCGGAAAUACCUCGGCCUCCCAGUUUCUUGAAAAGUUAAUAUACACUUACAAGGAUUGGGGCUCAAAUCCCUAUGUGUUUGACAUUUUCUUCCAGGCCCUUGUGGAAAAUGGACACCUUGAUGACGCGAGAAAACUCUUUGAUAAGAUGUUGCAUUAUGGCGUGAUUCUCUCUCUUCAUUCAUGUAAUAUGUUUCUUUCUAGAAUCUCAAAAGACAAUGAUGGCCCCAAAAUAUCACUGAAGGUUUUUCGCGAAUUUUCUGAAGUGGGUAUUCACUGGAAUACCAUAUCAUAUAAUAUAGUUCUAAAUUCACUUUGUCAAUUAGGCAACAUCCGAGAAGCUCACAGCCUACUUUUGCAAAUGGAGUUAAGGGGUUGCCAUCCUGAUGCCGUGAGUUACAGCACGGUAAUCAAUGGAUAUUGCAAUCGGGGAGAGCUUCACUUGGUGGUUAAAAUUGUUGAGGAUAUGAAGCAGAGAGGUUUGAGCCCAAAUGCAUUUACCUUUAACAGCAUAAUCCUUCUUCUGUGCAAGGCUGGUAAACUGGCUGAUGCUGAGAAGGUUUUGAGAGAGAUGAUAUCUCAGGGAAUCUUUCCUGAUAAUGCAGUCUACACAACUCUCAUUGAUGGCUUCAGCAAAAUGGGAAAUAUUUCGUCUGUAUACAGAAUGUACGAUGAGAUACAGAAGCAGAACAUUAUUCCUGACUUGAUCACUUUCACUGCUCUAAUUUGUGCCUUUUGCCAGAAUGGGAGAGUAGCUGAAGCAGAUGAGCUCUUUCAUGAAAUGCUUGAUAUUGGGUUAAAAGCGGACGAGUUUACUUAUACAACGCUUAUUGAUGGCUACUGCAAGGCAGGUGAAAUAAAGAAGGCAUUCUCUCUUCACACAGACAUGAUUCGGAUGGGCUUGAUUCCUAAUGUGGUCACUUACACUGCUCUUGUUGAUGGGCUCUGUAAACAAGGUGAGAUUGAUAUAGCAAUUGAGCUUCUUUACGAGAUGUGUGAUAAGGGGCUUGUUCUGAAUGUCUACACGUGCAAUGCACUUCUCAACGGUCUCUGUAAAACUGGGAAUAUGGUGAAAGCUGUGAAAUUGAUGAAUGACAUGGAAGUAGCCGGGAUAAAACCUGAUGCUUAUACCUAUACUACUCUAAUGGAUACCUAUAGCAAAUCAGGGCAAAUGGUUAAGGCUCACCAGUUGCUUCAUGAGAUGUUACAGAAGGGGAUCAAACCGACAGUUGUCACAUUCAAUGUUCUAAUGAGUGGGUUCUGUAUGUUGGGGAUGUUAGAAGAUGGUAAGAAACUUCUAGACUGGAUGUUGGAGAAGGAUAUAAUGCCUAAUGUUAUCACUUACAAUUCUCUUAUUAAACAACAUUGUAUUAGAAAUGAUAUGCGUGGGGCCACUGAUGUGUACCGUGGUAUGUUUCAUAACGGAGUGGCACCGAAUGAAAAUACGUAUAAUAUAUUAAUACGAGGGCAUUGCAAGGCAAGGAAUAUGAAGGAAGCAUGGUAUUUGCAUAAGGAAAUGGUCGAGAAGGGAUUUAAUGUUACAGUCGAGACCUAUAAUGCACUUAUUAAGGGAUUCAUAAAAAGGAAGAAGUAUACAGAGGCCAGGGUGCUCUUUGAAGAGAUGAGAAACAAAGACUUGUCUGCAGAUAAGGAAAUAUAUUGCACCUUUGCAGAGAUUAAUUAUGAGGAGGGGAACAUUGAUUCGACUUUGGGGCUUUGUGAUGAAGCAGUGGAAAAGUGUCUUGUGGGAAGACAUAACUGCAAUCGUUUGCUUUUGAUCCUUCUGGAGCUCAUCUUGGCGUUACAUUUCUGGGGAGUGAUCACCAGAGAACUUUCGAAGUUGGUGGAAUCCCUUGUAUUCUGGUCAAGCAGAGAGAGAAUACAUAUAAGAAUAUUGCAAAUCAAAAAGUACUGUCUUGAUGUCUGGAUGGCAGUAUAAUCUAUAAUUUGAUGUGCAAUGAGCCUCAACGGUCCAACGAGCAGUAAACGGCAAUGAGAAAGAGUGCGAGUAUUAUAAUUUGUUGAACUUGCACAGUAUGUGAAGAAUAGAAAAUAUGGUUUGUGAAUUAUUCGGACAUCAUUCUAUUGAUGCUCAGAGGAUACUAAAGAGAUUCUUCAGUCUUCACUAAUGCUUGAGCAGAAAUUUUUGCGAUUUGUGAAAGAGUUCGAAUGCAUAAAUUUUGAUGGAGAUGGUGAUGUUAAUCGGCCAUUAGGAUGUAACUGAGCUGAAUCAUCAUCCGAUUGUGGUAGCUUAGUUGUUAUAUAGGUCUCACACAUGCAAGCAUCUUCUUAAAACAGUUGGAGUGAAAAUGUCCUUGAUGCAUUGUUGUGGUUGGAUGGAACUUGCUGGGUGAUUUGUCAUAUUGCUUGGACAGAGAGUUGGAUGAUUUUAAGUUAAAAGAUAGAAUUGCUUCCGAAUCUUGAGUUCAUGUGUGUCCUGUUAGGAGUGAUAAUUUUUGACACAACACAACACUAACAUAUUGUAAGCAGGUUAGAAGUUGGACAUGAUAUUUUACUCAUGAUUGAGUUCAUACAUUGAGACAUAUAACCAAUUGGACCCAUUGCGCAACCUAUGAUUGUAUUACUUUUAUACUUGUAUUGAUUGAGUGUGUUGUUAGCAGCAGUGAUUGAUUGCUAGAAAAUUGACUGUUCCGACCACAUUACCCAACCAUUUAUGCCGAAUUUUGGCCACAAAUAAAUGAUCUUUUUGGUUCUCACUGCUUUGAGAUAUUUUCGAUACUCUCUCCCCACCGCUUUUCUAUGAAAAAAUGGAAAAUUGAGUUGCAGAUAGAUUGCAAGAUUAGUUACAGAUGAAAUGGUCUUAUAAACCUUGCUAGUGCAGGUUCAUUUUCCAUUACUAUCUUCCCUAUUUCCGUAGAUAAAAAAGAAGGCUACAUGUCACUACAAAACUCCCAGAAAAAGCAGUAGUAUGCAUACAAAAACAAAACCCACCACUGGUGGCUGCGGAUGUAAACAUUGGCCACGAGAAGGUGCAGCCCUGGGAGAACUUACGGAAGCCUUGACUUCCUUGGAGCAUGCGUAGUUGCAUCUGCUGGGACGAACGACUCUGUACACGCCACUCUGUGUGAGGAUAAAAACGUCCUUUCUAUUGUCCUCUCCAAAGGAGAAUAUGUACUGUAAUGCGGGAAGCCUGCUGUUGGGGACUGUGUCACAUUUGAUGGGAGAAUCCGAGGCACAGCUGAAGGAGACAUCUUUGGCCGUGAAGUUUCCGCUGUUUCCUGGGGUUUCUUGAGCUGCCCAGAUAUGGCUUGCAUACAGGUCCGCGUACAGAUAGCUGAUCGUUAAGUAAGGUACGUAUGUUAGUUGGAUAUGCACAUGAGCAAGAUUGUGUACAAAAAGAGGUAGGGUUGAUUGCUAGAAAAUUAUUACUGGGGUAGCUUUGGCUUAAUAGAAGUGAAGAAAGGAUGACUGCAGAAAAAACUACUAUGAUUCGGCCAAAUUACAAGAUAUAAAUUAUUAAAAAUGAAAAAGACUGCAUAUUUUUAAAAAUUAGAUAAAUUACCCUUGAUGUUGAAUUCAUCUUACAUUCUGCAUGUGCUCGCUGAUGGAAAUUAUAAAGUAUUUUAACAGUGAAAUCCUUCAUCCCUUAUAAAAUAUUACAAGUGAAAAUUACACAUAUCUUUUCAGUUAUUACAAAUUGCUAGAUGGCACAAUGGGGCUAUUUCAAAUACUUUAUUGACUUGGUGCCUUCAUAAAUAUUUGGCGUGACCAACAAAUUUUACCAGGUCAAACAUUUCGAUCAGAACACAAGACGUAAACUCAGUUUUGAAAAUUACCAGAGUUGGGUGGUUUUUAAGGUAGCUUUUGUAAUUUCCCUAAAAGAAUACUCUACCAUCAAAAUUCCAGAUACUCUAUGACAGUUGUGUUGUUUUUAACAAGAGAUGCCUAUAGAAGUACUUGUAAUUUAAUUUUAAAAACUAGAGGUUGGUUUUCCAUUUAAUGCUAAGAAAUAAAUUAUCGAUUUUUUGUCUUUUACCUUCCAUACGUGCAUGGAUCAGC